UGGCGGGGGCGGGAGCAGCUCGGCACUCGCCGCCGUGCUGGGGUCGCGGCGCAGGGACGGAGCCGGGCAGCGCCGGCCCCGCAGCAGCAGCAGGAGCAGCAGCGGCAGGAGGAGGAGGAGCCGCCGGAGCCGCCUCCCGCCGCCGAGCGCGGGGAGCCGCCGGAGCCGCUGCCCCGGGCGGCUUGCGAGCGCCGGGUUGCGGCGCCGCCGCUGCCUGCCGCCGCUCCGCGGGUGAAUGAACCUGUCCCGGCCGAGCACGACGGCGGCUUCGCCUCGGGGUCCGGCACCAGCCUCCCUCCGCGCAAGAUGGACGGUUUCGCCGGGAGUUUGGAUGACAGCAUCUCGGCUGCCAGCACCUCCGAUGUCCAGGACCGUCUCUCAGCCCUGGAGCUGAGAGUGCAGCAACAAGAGGAUGAAAUCACCGUGCUGAAAGCGGCCUUGGCUGAUGUGCUGAGGCGUCUUGCUAUCUCUGAAGACCAUGUAGCUUCUGUGAGAAAAUCAACACCAAGCAAAGGUCAGCCAAGCCUCCGAGAAGCUCUCUCGAUGUCAUGUAUAACCAACGGGAGUACAGGAAACAGGAAAACAAGCCACAGUUCAUCUGUUUCUGUUGCCAGAAAAGAAACACUUUCAUCUGCUGCUAAAAGUGGUACAGAAAAAAAGAAGGAAAAACCUCCAGGACAAAAAGAAAAAAAAGAGGACUCUCAUUCUAAUGAUCAAAGUGCACAAACUCAAGCAUCACCUUCUCCCCAGCCCUCCUCACAGACUCUCCAAACACACAGGCAAACUCCAGAAAGCAAGAGUUCUGCUCCAGCUAAAAGCAUAAAGAAAUCCUUGACUGUUGAAAAAGCUCACGGUGCUUGGGAGAGUUCAGAUGACAGUCGUAGCAAGCUGAUGAGAGUAGCAUCAACGUCUAAGUUAAUAUCAAAAGUGGCAAAGAAUGCAGACAAGCACAAAGAUGUUGUUGUCAGCCAAGCAAAAAUGUCAACUCGUGAAAAAAACAGCCAAGAGGGAGAAUAUAUCAAGAUGUUCAUGCGAGGCCGACCAAUCACAAUGUUCAUUCCUUCUGAUGUAGAAAACUAUGAUGAUAUUAGGACAGAGCUGCCUCCUGAAAAGUUAAAACUGGAGUGGGUAUAUGGGUAUCGUGGAAGAGACUGUCGAGCCAAUGUUUACCUCCUUCCUACCGGAGAAAUUGUGUAUUUCAUAGCCUCAGUGGUGGUACUGUUUAACUACGAGGAGAGAACCCAGCGGCACUACUUGGGUCACACUGACUGUGUUAAAUGUCUUGCAGUUCAUCCAGACAAAAUUAGAAUUGCAACAGGACAGUUAGCUGGAGUGGAUAAAGAUGGAAGGCCCCUGCAGCCCCAUGUCAGAGUGUGGGACUCGGUGAGCCUGGCCACGCUGCAGGUGAUCGGCCUCGGCACCUUUGAGCGCGGAGUGGGCUGCUUGGAUUUCUCCAAAGCGGAUUCUGGUACUCAUUUGUGUGUAAUUGAUGACUCUAACGAGCAUAUGCUUACUGUGUGGGAUUGGCAGAGAAAAUCAAAAAUAGCAGAGAUAAAGACUACAAAUGAAGUUGUUCUUGCUGUGGAAUUCCAUCCCACUGAUGCAAAUACCAUAAUAACAUGUGGCAAAUCUCAUAUAUUUUUCUGGACCUGGAGUGGCAAUUCAUUAUCAAGGAAGCAAGGGAUAUUUGGGAAAUAUGAGAAACCCAAAUUUGUUCAGUGUUUGGCUUUCUUGGGAAAUGGUGAUGUGCUCACUGGAGACUCAGGUGGGAUAAUACUUAUAUGGGGCAAAACUACUGUAGAAGCUACUCCAGGAAAAGGAGCUAAAGGAGUGUAUCAGAUAAGCAAACAAAUCAAAGCUCAUGAUGGCAGUGUGUUCACACUCUGUCAGAUGAGGAAUGGAAUGCUGCUAACUGGAGGUGGGAAAGACCGAAAGAUCAUCCUGUGGGAUCAUGAUUUGAAUCCUGAAAGGGAAAUUGAGGUUCCUGACCAGUAUGGAACAAUCAGAGCAGUAGCAGAAGGAAAAGCUGAUCAGUUUUUAGUGGGUACUUCGCGAAACUUUGUUUUGAGGGGAACAUUUAAUGAUGGUUUCGUAGUAGAAGUACAGGGACAUACAGAUGAACUCUGGGGACUGGCAUCUCAUCCUUUCAAAGACUUAUUUUUAACAUGUGCUCAAGAUAGGCAAGUUUGUAUGUGGAACUCUGUGGACCACACACUGGAAUGGACCAGGCUGCUAGAUGAACCCGGGCACUGUGCGGAUUUCCAUCCCAGCGGAGCAGUGGUCGCCAUAGGAACCCACUCGGGCAGGUGGUUUGUUUUGGAUGCAGAAACGAGGGAUCUGGUCUCAAUACACACUGAUGGCAACGAGCAGCUUUCAGUGAUGCGCUACUCAGUAGAUGGCACCUUACUUGCAGUUGGAUCCCACGACAACUUUAUUUACCUCUAUGUAGUAACAGAAAAUGGAAGAAAGUAUAGCAGAUAUGGAAAAUGCACUGGACAUUCCAGCUAUAUUACACACCUUGACUGGUCCCCGGACAACAAGUAUAUAAUGUCAAACUCAGGAGACUAUGAAAUACUAUACUGGGACAUUCCAAGUGGCUGUAAGCUAAUCAGGAAUCGUUCUGACUGUAAGGAUAUAGAUUGGACAACAUACACUUGUGUGCUAGGCUUCCAAGUGUUUGGAGUUUGGCCCGAAGGAUCAGAUGGGACAGACAUAAAUGCCCUUGUCAGAUCCCAUAACCGAAAAGUGAUAGCAGUGGCUGAUGAUUUUUGCAAGGUCCAUCUCUUUCAGUAUCCCUGUUCCAAACCAAAGGCCCCAAGUCACAAAUACAGCGCUCACAGCAGUCAUGUGACAAACGUCAGCUUCACCCAUAGCGACGGUCACUUGAUUUCAACUGGAGGGAAAGACAUGAGCAUUAUUCAGUGGAAACUGGUGGAGAAGGUGACUCUGCCACCAAAUGACAUUGUCCUGGAUAUCGGUGCCACCAAAGUGCCCAUCCCUGCCAGUGAGAACGCCGUGCAGCCUCCUGCACAUCUGCCCCAGCCUUUUAACGAAAUGAACCAGAAUGAAAGCAUAACUGGCAGCUCUCUGGCUUCCUUGGAGAGCAACUUGGAGCAGUGUGCAGAGCAGAGCGAGGAGCACAGCGAGGAGCACAGCGAGGGCAGCAGCCUGGACCCUGCUGAGCCCAGCUACGAGGAGCCCUCCAACGAGCUGAGCGAGGAGCACAGCGAGUCCACGGUCACGGAGGAGCAGCAGGAUAACUCGCCGCUGUCCUAGUGCUCCCAGCUCAGGUGGUUCUUGUUUCCCCGUGGUGUGCGUGCUUUCAUUGCAAGGGUGAGGGUUCAAAUAGGGAAGAGUAGCUGAGAUUCAUGACCACUCCAGAUUUUGAGUUUCAGUGAGAUUUUUAGUCUGAGCUUCAGUUCAAUGUGUGGAACCAUCCCAAGGGCCUGGCUUGAUGGUCUGUAGCAAGAUCUGGUCGCAGUUAGUAGUGGACAUUACUAUAGAUCCAUUUCAGUUCUGAAAUUGCUGUCAGGAAGUGGCAUGAAAUACAUACUGGAAAAAAGGUUAGCUCUGAGAAUUAGCUGAAGUAGACCACCUUAACUACGUGGAAGUGCUUUCCAGAAGAACUGAGCUGAUGGGAAGCGCUGAGCUGUUCCAGCUGGGAAGCACUGUGCUGCUUUUUCCAGGUGCAAAGACAAACAGAAUGAAAAAAACAACCAAAAAGCUCUUUGUAGGGCUGUUUUCCUUUGUUUUUCCUUGAGAAAAAUAGAGGAAAAAUAAUUUAACAAUGCCACAUGUAUGGCAAUGCCUUCUUGAUCUAAAACAUAUGCAAUUUUCUAACACUACUAAUUCCUCGUGGAGUCUGGAUGUGUUCAAAGUUGGUCUGCCCUGGGUGCUGCUAGUUCUAAGGCAAAUCCUGUCGAGGAACGGUGUCGACUGUUCCAUUUUCACAGACUCUUAACUAGCAGACUAACCAAAUACUGGCAUGUUUCACUUUUCAUGACCUGAAAGUUGACUUAAACUAUAGGACAUAAUUGUCUCUUCAAAGAAUUGCUUGCCUUGAGAGUUGGAAACUUGAGAGAAUCUUUUACAGUGACUUUGAUGUGAACAGCAGAAGAAGCAUGACAAGAACACAGAAGUCAGAUGGGCUCCAGAGUUAAAGUUUAAGCCUUCAAUCAGAACUUGCUCCAUCCCUCGUAUGAAAAAUAUAAAUACAGUUAACUUAAAUUAUUAAAUUGGUGCUUAGAAUUAGUAAGUUGAUACAUUUUUCUUCUGAAUUUUUAGAGGUAAUUCUUAGAAAUCAUUAAACUGCAAUCUCUACUUUGUUUUUUCCCCUGGCUCCUUUAGCAGUUGUGAUAUAAGCAUACAGUAAUUUAGAUGAUAAUGAUGAUGUGAUUUUUUUUGUUUUCCCUAGACUUGCUGAUCUAUUGUUUUUGUGAUUUUAUUUCCACCCCACCCCUUCCCAGGUUGCUGUAAGCCAUGCAGCUCUCAUGUGGCUAUACCUGGCCAGUUACGGGAUAUCUUGGCAUUUGUUAUGCAUUUGGAAAGUACUUUUUUUUACAAAGUUUGUCAGAUAGCUACAUUUUGUUCUUAAGUGCAUACAUUUCCUACUUUAAAAAAGAUAUAGAUUUACUGGCAGAUAUCCAUUUCCUAUGUACUUGUUUAUAUUUUGAUUACAUAGAAUUUUCUUUUUUUAACUUGCUGCAUUGUGCUGGUAUUUUAGUUCUUAGUUAGAAUAUCAUGUUUAGAAACUUUGGAUGAGUUCAUAAGUCUUAAUUGUGCAAACGUUUACGUGAUUGUGCCAUUCCAAAGUGCAUCAAAACUGUCAUUCCCUUUCUAGUAUCUUCUCAGGAGAAAUGCUACAGAUCAGGUAUUUAGUCAUCAUUUGGAAAGAUAAAAACAAAUGGACUCCCAAAGGACAUUUAGAACAUUUAUAUAUAAAAUAUAUAAAUAUAUAUAUACACACAUAUAUAUAUAUAUAGAAAAAAAAAUAUCCUCUUGUUUACAACAGUUCCAGAGAACCUCAAAGUAGUUCCCUUCAGAUGGAGGGAAAUAUGGAUUCCAAGCAACCCAUCUGUUUAAACUGUGCUCUGUACAUAGAGUUUUACUGGAGAGCUCUAAUAUGCCUGACUUGCAAAUCUGCCAAAUAGCAGCAGUGGAAGGUAAAGUUCAUCAGCUCAUCAAAGUUCUUGGUUACAAAUGAGGAAUAUGCUGUAGGUUUAGAGAAUAAUCUUAGUGAAGGAGAAGGGAUAGUAGAGCUAACAAGGCACAGAGAGCUCUCUGUCAUUUUUAUGAACUCCACAUAAGCAACACAUUUCUCUUUGGAACAUCUGUCACCUGGGGUUGCCAUGUAAGUGAGAGUUAGAGUUGUGAUAUUCUUGUGUAGUUCAGAAGACUCUACUAAUAUGCAAAAAGCCUUACAGCUUUCAAUUGCUGGCAACUACUGUUUAACAAAUAAUUAAAUCUGUGAUAAUGGAUGGAAAUGGGAUUAUGUAACUGUAGAUGUUUUAGAAAAAUAAUUGUGAAUGAAUUAUGAUUAAGAGUGUUUCAUGUGAAGAUGUUUGAGCCAUUUCUAUCUAUCAUGCAUUCCUGUCUUGAGGCAGAAAACUUUGAAGAUUAAAAAAAUAAAAUAAUCAAAAUAAAAUAUUGCA